CUAGGUCACCAGACCCCGCCCAGGCCGGUGUCCUGCCUUCAGGACAUCCUUUCCAUCCUCUCCAAGCCAUUCACACCAACUCCCCCCUCUGCUGGCAAGAGGGGACCUGAUUCAUCCUCACACAUAACACCAUUCUACCCGACUAAGACAGAGCAGAAGAGAACUGAAACUUCUUUGCCUCUGCACUUCAAAAGUGAAUGAGCAGUCCCUCUCAACUGAUUGAAAAUGUUUACCUCACCCAGGAGAUGGAGUUCCCGAAGGGCUUCUCUGGGCAACGGACACUCCUAUCUGCCCUCCUCAGCCUGCUAUCACUCAGCCUCUCCGCAGUAUCCCUGCUCAGCAGCUCCUGGUUUGUGGGCACACAGAAGGUGCCCAAGCCCCUGUGCGGAAAAAGUCUGGCAGCCAAAUGCUUUGACAUGCCGAUGCCCCUGGAUGGGGGGCUCACCAAUACAUCAACCCAGGAGGUGGUGCACUACAACUGGGAGGCCGGAGAUGACCGGUUCUCCUUCCUUAGCUUCCAGAGUGGCAUGUGGCUAUCCUGCGAGGAAACCGUGGAAGAACCAGCACUGCUCCAUCCCCAGCCCUGGAAACAAUUUAGACCCAUUCGGCCCAGUGUCACAGCUGUCACAGCGGCAGCAAAAGGCGAGAGGUGCCGAAGCUUCAGUGAACUCACACCACCAACCGAGAGAGGUGAGAAAGGACUACUGGAAUUUGCCACGCUGCAAGGCCUGUGUCACCCCGCUCUCCGAUCUGGAGGGAAGCGGUUGAUGGAGAAGGCUGUCCUCCCCCACCCUCCCUUGGGGCUUGUGGCAAAAAUACUAUGGCUGUCACUGGGAGCCCAGAUCACCUACAUCGGACUUCAAUUCAUCAGUUUCCUCCUGCUAUUGACCGACCUGCUGCUCUCGGGGAACCCGGGCUGUGGACUCAAGCUCAGCGCCUUUGCUGCCGUGUCCUCUGUCCUGUCAGGUAUUCUGGGGAUGGUGGCCCAUAUGAUGUUCUCACAAGUCUUCCAGGCAACUGUCAACUUGGGUCCAGAAGACUGGAGACCACACGCUUGGAACUAUGGCUGGGCCUUCUACACGGCCUGGGUUUCCUUUACCUGCUGCAUGGCAUCAGCCGUCACCACCUUCAACACGUACACCAGGAUGGUGCUGGAGUUCAAGUGCAAGCACAAUAGGAGCUUCAGAGGAAACCCGAACUGCCUGCCUCAUCACCACCAGUGUUUCCUUCAGCAGCUGUCAUGUGCCGCACGCCCAGCAGGUCCUUUGACCGGCUACCACCAGUACCACGAUCAGCCCGUCCGGUCUGUCUCUGAAGGAGUUGACUUCUACUCAGAGCUACAGAACAAGGAAUUUCAACAAGGUGCUGGCCAGGAGCUGGAAGAAGCGGUUAGGUCAUCUGUAGAGGAGGAGCAGUGUUAGGAGUUAAGUGGGUUUGGAGAGCAGGCUGAGCCCUACCUUACUCAUUUGUUAUCAACAACACGUGCUUAAGCCAAA